AUGACUAAAAAGAGAAGAAAUAAUGGAAGAGCCAAAAUGAACAGAGGCCACACAAGAAACAUUCGGUGCGAAAAUUGUUUUAGAUGCUGCCCAAAAGACAAAGCAAUAAAGAGAUUCCAUAUAAGAAAUGUAAUAGACAAUGCAUCCUUUGAUGACAUUAAGUUGGCAUCCGUAUAUGAAGACUUUGAAGUCCCUAAGUUCUACUACAAACUAGAGUACUGUAUUUCUUGUGCUGUUCAUCAAAGAAUUGUUAGAGCCAGAUCUUCAGAAGACAGAAAAGACAGAACAAACCCUUUCAUGAAAAAGAGAAUGAAUCUUUUAAAUGCAUCUGCAUAA